CAUGAUGCUGUUGUUUAAACCGGACAUUUUAACGCAACGGACAACAACGAAAUAUUUAUCCGAUGUCACAAUUGAAAAGCGAUUAAUACGAUAAGAAAGAUUUAUUGGUGAACAUGUGGGUCGCCAGGCGAGUUUUGUCGUCUGUUGCCCAUAGUCGUCAGUAUGCUGGUGACUCCAGCUUGUUCCGCCGCCCUCGACCAGGUUCGUCCUCUGAUAUGGAGCUGCGUUACCUCCAGUGCACAUGCUGCUGGAGGAGCAGAAUCCCAGUGGCGGGAAUCGAGAGCCUCAACACCACCAUCUCUACCCCCUGUGAAGAGGAGGACAACAACGAUGAGCACACCGCUCCUCUUGAUGCCUGCUACACCUCCGAGCAGCGUGACGCCAUCUUGAUGCUGCUCAACAACGCCUCGCUCACUGAGCUGGCGGGCGUCAAGCUCCUCCGAGGGCGUAAAUCUGUCAACAUAGUGGACUACCGGAGCAAACACGGACCCUUUAAGACACUGGAGAGUGUGGUUAACGUGCCGCUACUAAAGCACAAGAGCGCCGUCGUGGUGUUCGAGUCCAUCCUCAACCCGGUGAAGAAGAAGAAGGUGCGCAUUCAGCUGGCCAAGUUUAUCAGGCCUGAGGUGGACAGGUCCUGGCUGGAGGAUGCCAAUUCCAUCGUUUCACUCGUGUGCGCCACUAAUCGAAUAGCGUGGGCACACAUGGGCCGAGGGAUGACCGUCAUGGAGUGGCAGUAUCUCGAUUGUCCAAACUUCCUGAAGGGCACCUACAUGGCGUCAGCUUACUUACACGAUGUGUCAGCAGUAGUGUCCCUCCUCCCUUCGGCGGACUUCUACAUCAUCGAGAAGCCAUCCAUCUCAGUGCAGAACACAGCUCUGUUCCCAGUCAUGGCGCACAUGAGGACGGUGGAGGCCAUGUUAUUUGCACUCCUGGAACCCAGAAACUUCCCACAGGACACCAACAUUCCUCCCAGAGUUCUGAACAUGAUGCGCACCGCCGUGGGACGCCACUUUGGACUCAUGGUGGGCGAGUCGCGGACUAGUGGGGCGCAGAUAGUGCGGCGGUUGAUGACGGAGUCUGUGACGCAGAAGAUGCCGCGGAUAAACUUCCCGCCGGAGCUACUGGUCAAAUACAGGAACUGGUUCCAGAUGAGCAGCAGAAGUGGCGGAGGAGAGGAGCUCUGCGACGCUCUGCUGCAGGCCGUGGCUUUUUACGAGCUGCUGAGUGAAUCCUCUGCUUAGCCGCCGCUGAUCUGGCAAUGCACACAAAAACACAUUGGCGGGCAACCUGAAAACUUUUUUUCUUCCUGCUCAACUUCAAGGAUACAAACCAUUUUAACUGGGGUGUGCAACCAUUCUUAUCAGGGGACAUUUUAGUUUUUGUCCUCGGACGGUUAAACUAAAAAAAUAAAAUAAAAAAAAGAAAUCGUGACGCUGAAAACAUUUAUUAUAUAGUGUGUGCUUUUUGUGGCUAUUUGUUUUGGGGCCUAAUAUUUAUUUCUAAAAAAAAAAAAAAAAGUGUUCUUGCAUCUGGAUAUAGCUAACUGGUCACAAGUUGCCCGCAUUUGAAUUUAUUGUAAGAUGUGAAUUUAAUUACUUGUCCUGUAUAACAUUAGUUGGGGCUCGAGAGUGUGAAAUCAGGCAACAAAAUAUUGUAAUUAUUUUAUGAUCGGACUAUGUCGGAAAAUUUUGGAUUUGCUUUCCCCUUUAUGGGCACCUGCUUUGUUGUUGAGGUUGGAUGGAUAAGCAUGUAUAUGGUUCAAUGUGCCAGCAGUACUUUGAAUGCACAUAGCGUUCAUUUGCAGUUUGGACUCGAGGGACUUCCGUCUCCAGAAGUGUUUUAAACACCACAAAAAGUCAAAAGA